AUGUCUCAGCCUCAUCCUCUUAUUCCUCUGUCAGUUGACGAGACAAAUCUGGCCCGCGAUGUCAUUCGGGCUGCGUAUCCUCAGAAUGUCCUCAAGUUCCGGGUGAUUUACCUUGAGGAGCCUGCGAAGGAGGUCCUUGCUCCUUAUCUCGAUCUUGAACAUGCUGGCAAGGUUACCAGCUCUACACCCAGACCUGCUCGUGAAGCGCGAGUUCAUUUUGAUACCGCUCAUGGCGGCAAGCCUCCACAAUCGCAUGAGGCUAUCAUCGACCUAAACACAAGAAAGAUCAAGCAGAUUGAGUCAAUCCGCGCUGAUGCCCAAGCAGCGUUCACAAGCGAAGAGCUCGAUGAUGUCCGAAUUAUCUGCCGAGACUCCCCCGUCUUUAAGGAGCGCAUCGCCAAGUUCAACCUCCCCCAAGGCUUCGAAGUCGUCGUUGAGCCGUGGCCAUAUGGUGGUCUCGACGCAGCUGAUGACCCCAACCGCCGACACAUGCAAGCCCUUAUCUAUGCUGCCGACAGCAAGAACCGCGAAUGCAACUUCUGGGGAUAUCCUCUCCCAAUCAUCCCCGUCAUCGACGCCGAGACCCGCGAAGUUCGCAUCCACGAGGUUGCUACUGGCGGAGGAAACGAUCCUCACACUUUCGCUGAAGGCGACUAUGCCAAAGCCAACAUUGAUCACAUGACGCCUUCGGAAUAUGUCCCAGAGCUUCUGCCUGGUGGUCUUCGAAGAGAUCUAAAGGAGCUUAACGUUGUUCAGCCUUCGGGACCCAGCUUCAAUGUUGAGGACUCAAAUGUGAUUAAUUGGCAAAAGUGGAGCAUGCGAGCAACUUUUAACCCUCGCGAGGGUGCGGUGCUACAUGAUGUCCGUUUCGACGGCCGGAGCGUUCUUUACAGACUGUCUAUCAGCGACAUGACAGUUCCUUAUGCGGACCCUCGACCUCCGUUUCAUCGAAAGCAGGCUUUUGACUUUGGCGAUGGAACACUUGGAGAUGCUUGUAAUAAUCUACAGCUCGGGUGCGAUUGUUUGGGUGUCAUCAAGUAUUUUGAUGGAGUCUUGGUCGAUCACAGUGGUACAGCUCGCACGACCAAGAAUGUCAUCUGCCUUCAUGAGCAAGACAACGGAAUUAACUGGAAGCAUACAAACUGGCGCACUGGCCGGGCUGUCGUGACUCGCAGGCGAGAGCUCGUGGUGCAGUUCAUCAUCACCCUAGCCAACUAUGAAUACAUCUUCAACUAUAUCUUCGACCAAGCAGGAGCCAUCACAGUCCAAGCCCGAGCCACUGGCAUCGUCUCCUCCGUCCUCAUAGAAGAGGGCAAGACCGCUCCAUGGGGCAACGUCGUAAGCCCCGGGAUCCUCGCCCAAAACCACCAACACAUUUUCUGCGUACGCAUCGACCCCGCCAUCGACGGCCAUAAGAACACCCUCGUCCAGACAGAAUCCCUCCCCAUGCGCAUCGACGCCCGCACCAACCCCAACGGCAACGCCUACCAGGUCGUCACCACCCCGAUAACAGCCUCAGCAGGUCUUGACGCAAACCCCUUCACAGAUCGCACGUUCAAGGUGCAGAAUAUGGAUAAGCUUAAUCCGAUUAGUGGGCAGCCUGUUGGUUAUAAGAUUCUGGCGCCGGUCACGAGGCCGUUGCUCGCAGAUCCGAAUUCUACGCAGGCCAAACGGGCGAGAUUUGCGCAGAGACAUCUGUGGGUUACUAAGCAUAGAGAUAAUGAAUUCUAUGCUGGUGGGCGAUAUACCCUGCAAUCGGUGUCAGAGGUUGAGGGCGUUGCGGAUGCUGCUGAUAGGAACGAUGAUGUUUUCCAGCAGGAUAUCGUGCUAUGGAGCGUGUUUGGACUUACUCACAACCCGAGAGUAGAGGACUGGCCAGUCAUGCCCGUAGAGAUUCUUGAUCUUCAUAUCAAGCCUGCCGAUUUCUUUACAGCAAACCCAGCUAUCGAUGUGCCCGGCAGGAAGAACUUUACUUCUCAGCUGACAAACGCCGAAAAGGCCGAAGAGAAGUCAUGCUGCGCUGAAGAUAAGCCUCACCUGUAG